AUCAUCGAGCCAUCGAACCAUUGACUGAGCGAGCGUCCAUCGCUAACUAAAUUCGGCCAAGAAUUCUGAGUGCGCCGAAACGCCAAUACAUAAGGCUGGAGGUAUUGGAUAAUUAAGUGAAGGCAAGAGGAGUGCGUCUACUCGAUUACAGGACGUGCGCAAAACGAGGCGAAGGAACUUCUUGGCCAUUUAAGUGCCAUGGUGAAAAAACGGCAGUCGGAUGUGCGCGAGAAUGGCACUUCGACAGAUUCGUGCGAGGAGGAGAUGAAUAGUGGCGUUCCACCGGCGACAACCACAUGCCAACACAUCAAGAAGGCGGUGGACACAACGCGACUGCGACGCCAGCUUAAGUCUACAGGUCUACUCUACGAGUGUGUGCAGUGUCAAAAGCUGUGCAAAACUGCUGACAGUGCGGAGCGCGACGACUUCGAAUACGACAAUACCCUUUGGUUGUGUCUCAAGUGUGGCACACAGCUGUGCGGGCGCUCCCGGAAUCAGCACGCAUUAAAUCAUUACAUGACACCGCACUCUGACUCCCAUGCCCUGACUAUGAACACACGCUCGUUUGAGAUCUGGUGCUAUGACUGCGAUAACGAGGUAAGCGCCAAUACACGCAAGCAUCUGCUCGAAGUUGUCGAACUGGUGAAGCGCUUGGCCCAAAAACCUCCGACAAAUGCUGCAGAAUCCUCACAAGCAGCCGGAGCGACAUGUCCUUCUACUCAGCUGCCGACAAUCAACAACAUUGAGUUAAAAAUUAAGUCCACACUAGAGCAAAUCGGUUCUAUGAUGCCUAUGACGAGUGGGCCAUAUGAUGAUAGUGCUGACGGAACACGAAAACCCAGCCUGGGUAUACCAUUACCGCCGCCUCCGCCGCCAAGUGGCAGAAUUACUACCUCUUCUGGAACAGUGCCAGGCAUGGCUAAACGAGUUAACUUUAUUGCUGCACAGACACAGAGCCCUGAGCUCGAUCGGUUGCCACGCGUCCGUGGUCUCACAAAUCUGGGCAACACUUGCUUCUUUAAUGCAGUAAUGCAAUGCUUGGCGCAGACUCCUUUUCUGCUUGAUGUACUCAAGGAGCUGGCGGAGCCAGGCGAAGAGUUCGUGCUGCCUGGUGGCGUCUUUAACUUUAAGGACCAAGGCGACAUUGAGCUGCCCAUGAUCAAGGGCACACUAUCCUCGUGGGGCAGCCUCACCUCAGCGUUGGCCAAUGCAUUGGAAGAGUUGCAAUCUGGUGGCGGUGUUUUCACCCCCAGUAAGCUCUUCGACAAGCUGUGCAAUAAAUGUCCACAAUUUACGGGCGGAGAUCAGCACGAUGCCCACGAACUGUUGCGCCAACUGCUUGAAAGCGUGCGUUCGGAAGAUCUGAAGCGCUACCAACGCGUUAUUUUACAGAAUCUGGGCUAUAAGGACCAGGACAUAAGCAGCGUCUCAGAAGAGAUGAGGCAGAAAUGCAAAAUAUACGGAAACCAGGCCAGCGAUCGUAUCUUGCGCCCAGAGCAAGUAUUUCGCGGCUUUCUCGUGUCCACAUUAACAUGUCAAGAUUGCUACAACGUAUCCUCAAGGCACGAGUACUUUUUGGAUAUGUCUCUGCCGGUAGCUGUCGAGAAACCACAACCACCGCAGCGACGUAAAAAUAGUCCAGAAGUCUCGCCCACAACAGCCAACAAGUUAAGCAGCAGCAGCAGCGGCAGCAAUGAUGCCAACACGACCUUCCCCCAGCCCUCAUUCUUCCUACACAAGAACGACCAGGACCAAGCCGGCCUCUCCAAGUCGCAGGUCAAGAAGGAGAAAGAACGUGAACGCAAGGCUAAGCGCGCGCCAAAGCAGCAGCGCUGCAAAACGACGCAAAUAGAAACUCUCAAGCUUGUUGCCAACUCCGACGUCAGUGCGACCAGUGUGGAAACUGCAUCUGGAGCUGUGUCAGCCGGUGGCGGUGAUGGCCAAACGAUAACCGAGACCGUAUCUACUGACGAGUUUCCUGUAUUUAAUGCUCGAUCGGUGUCUUGGGGUGAAGGUCCUCGCGAAGAUACCUUAUCGUCCAGUCAGACAACGUCCGAACACUCCGACGCCGAUGUCGAGGAUAAUCUGGUGGAAGAUAAUGCAGCUACAGGAACCAAACAUUCUACAGCUAGCGGUGCAGUAAACGCUUCCAAGUUCUAUACCGACAACAAUGGAAAUACGCAACAUGUUAGCGAGAAGCGGGAUGAUACACCCGAAAAUAUGGAUAAGGACUCACUAGAAGAGGACGAAAACGACUCGGGCAUUGCAACCAGUCCGGCUCCAACCAACGGCGUCGCUAGUGUGAAUAAUAACGGGGUCAGCACGAGUGGUAAAAUUGUAAACGAGAAGCAUAACACACUUAUACAUGACAAUGAAAAGAAGCAGCAGGAGCAAAAGGCCAGCGCCGAGGCAGGCACAUCACAGCGGCAACAGGGCGGCGAAGAUAUUGCUGUUGUGACGGGUCAGUUGGAUAAACUGCAGUUGCGCGAUCGGGCACAAAGUGCCGGGCGAUCGAAGAGGACACGCACCCAAAGCUACUCAGAUUGGAGCACAACCAUUGCUCCACGCUAUCAGUGCGAGGAUGGAGAAUGCUCUGUACAGUCAUGCCUUAACAAUUUUACGGCAGUCGAGCUGAUGACCGGACAGAAUAAAGUCGGAUGCGAGAACUGCACACGUCUUGUAAAUGGCAGCGAUUCGGACGCAAAAACGGUGAACACUAACGCCACGAAGCAAUUGCUAAUCUCUAGUCCACCGGCAGUGCUUAUUCUACACUUGAAGAGAUUUCAGCUGGGACCGCGUUGUAUAUUCCGAAAGCUUACUCGUGCCGUUUCCUAUCCCACGUUGCUCGACAUAGCCGCCUUUUGUGGCUCUAAGGUUAAAAAUUUACCAAACAUUAAUCGAAACCAAAAGAAACUGCUAUACGCGCUUUAUGGCGUUGUUGAACACUCGGGCGGCAUGUAUGGUGGCCAUUAUACGUCCUAUGUGAAGGUGCGGCCUAAGGUCACGCCUGACGACAAGCGCUGGAAAUUUUUGCCACAUGGCAGCAAAGCCGAGCUCGACCAGGAUGAUGAUCAGCUGAAGAAACUGCAGGAGUUGUUGGUCAAGCAAAAGGCGCGAGAAACUCGCAUGAAUGCCGUUGACGACAGUGAUGAUUUCACAAAUUCGAGCAGCAACUCCUCGGUGUCCGAUGAACCGCCAGCCCGGCGAACCGAUGGUACGGCAACAGAUGCGUCCACCGAAGGUACUGGAGCUACUGGCACUGAGGACGAGGCAUCUAAUGUUCAAGCGCCACCGGGCAAAUGGUAUUACGUCUCCGACUCACGUGUACAGGAGGUCAACGAAGACGUAGCUCUCAAGGCACAUGCCUACAUACUUUUCUAUGAACGCAUCUAUUAGAAAGGACUCAACCCGUCAAGACAUUAAAGAAAAAGUAGUCACGUUUUAUGUGUAAACUUUUUCAUCAAAUUUUAAUAAAAAUUGCAUUUGGAUAUGUCGCCUAUACAGACAACGACACUUGAUGACUGAAACAACAAGCAGGCGCUAGAGUGAGAUAUGCUGUGGGAGCGAAAGAGAGACAGAGAGAGAGAGAAGAGAGUGAGGGAGUGAUAGAAUGUACGCCACUAUUUAAAUAUAUUUUUUAUGAAAGAGAACUGUAACAAACAAAACAAUAACAAACAGAAUAAAAUUUGCACACAAGCCAAAAUCAGAUAUAAAAAGAUACACUUCUACAUAAGUGCUAAAAAGACACCCACAAUAGCUGCUAUGGAAGGCAUUAGUUUGUUUAUACACUUACAACUUUGUUAAGUACAGCAUACUUGUACAGUACAGAAUUGAUUAAUUAUUAUUUGCCGCAUUGGAUGUCAUUUCAUUUAAAAUGGAAAAAUUAUAUUAUGUUGUGAACAAGACAAAACUA